AGUUUGAUACAGCCUCUAGUAACUCCCAGUAUAUAUCAAUUUAUCAAAUGCCAAUUAUUGUCAUGUAAUGUAUCUAAGUAUGGACGAAGGUGGUCUGUGAAUGAUAAAAAUCUUUGUUUACAGUUGUACCUUGCAAGUCCUAAAUCGUAUCGCCUACUGCCUAGCAAAGCUACAUUGUUAAAAGCUGUCUCUAGUAUUAAAUUAGAACCUGGAUUUUCAACUGCUGUGUUCAACUCUAUGAAGCUCAUAGCCAGUAAGUUAAAACCCCGUGAAAGAAUAUGUGUUGUUUCUUUUGAUGAGAUGUUUUUAAAACCUGGGCUUACCUAUGAAAAACACAAGGGUAAAGUCACAGGUUUUGUAGAAUAUGGUUCCUAUACAGAAAAAACUUCCAAAAUUGCAACUCGUGUAUUUGGUUUUAUAGUAUGUGGUCUUUGCAAGAAGUGGAAACAGGCUGGUUACAUAUUUUUGUCACUUACAGCUCCAUCAGCCACUCUGAAAAUCUUAAGUUAUUUCAGUGUGGUUACGUGCGAUCAGGUGGUCAACAACCAAAAGUUAUAUGCCAGAAAGCUAGGCGUAACAGUUCAACGGCUCUUUUUUUUAGUAGAGGGGCAUGAGAUCUUAACCUUUGUUGAUGUGCCCCAACUCAAUAGAAAAAUACGAUUUCGUAUUUUUCUAUUGGCUAUUUUUUGCAGAGUUAACAGUUAAUAAUUAGUUUUGUCAGAAGA